AUGGCAAAAGCAUUACAUUAUAUGAAUCAGUUCUAUAAAGGAAAAUCUGAUGAUAAGCAACAUCAUUAUUACAGACAUAAGACCAGCGACUUUGCUGCAUUACACUAUCGCUAUUUCUGCGACUUUGUCACAAGUGGUGUCAGAAGUGGGAUAGAGGUUGAUCAACCGGAACCCGGCCCAGAGGCAACCAGUGAAAGUGAUGAGGAGGGUAUAGGUAUCCUAGAUAUUUCGGGUAGUGGCUUUGGCCGAGACCAGGCAGAUGAUCCCCUGUUGCAGGAAGCCAGGAGUAACGUGGUAGAGGUUAAUGGGAGCACUCAAGUGCAUCAGCUGAUUAACGAUGAAAAUGUCACUCCCAUUCAGAAUCAGUAUGCAAUAGACAUAGAAGAACAAAUAGCUUUUUCUUUAGAGCAGAAACAGCUGUCUAACUUUUUGAAAAAAAUUAAGUAUUCAUUUGAUUCUAAUGAACCAGUUGCAUUAUUCAAUGACGAUGGAGAAUUUGUUUAUAAGUACAAAAUAACAAACUGGAUACAUGAAGAUGGCAUGCAUAUGAUUUAUAAAGAUGUGGGAAAUUUUACACCCUGGGCACCAGAGGAUCAGCAAUUUCAGAUCGACAUCGAGGCCAUAACAUGGAAAUUCAGCAAUGGGGUUCCGGAAUCUCGAUGCUCCGGACCCUGUUUACCCGGCAGCAGAAAAAAAUUUGGAUCUUCAAUUCACAAAUGCUGCUAUGAGUGCGUCACAUGUCCAGAAGGAGAGAUAUCCAACUCUUCUGACAGUGAAAACUGCAUAAAAUGUCCUGAUGAUGAAUGGCCAAAUGAGAAGAAGGAUCGGUGUGUUCCAAAUUUGGUGGAAUUUCUCUCCUACACUGAUGAUACAAUUGUUUCAAUAUUUUCAUCUGUCUCCAUCUCCUGUUGUUUAAUGACUGGUUUAAUAUUGGGAAUAUUUAUACAAUACCAGGACACCCCCAUUGUCAAAGCUAAUAACCUGAACCUGAGCUAUCUUCUCCUGGUCUCCAUCAUGCUGAGCUUCCUCUGUGUCUUCUUGUUCCUCGGACGUCCAGUAGAUGUGACCUGCAUGUUGCGUGUAACCUCUUUUGGUGUCAUCUUCUCAGUUGCUGUCUCUUCUCUACUUGCCAAAAGUAUCAUGGUGUGUAUUGCUUUUAAAUCAACCAAACCUGGAAGUUCUUGGAAAAAAUGGAUGGGAGCCGGAUUUCCAAUUUCUAUAUUGUUGAUGUUUUCACUGAUUCAAGUAAUAAUCUGUGUCACUUGGUUAUCUAUUUCUCCACCCUUCCAGGAUCUGGACACUCACUCUUAUCAGGGAAAGAUCAUCAUUCAGUGUAAUGAGGGUUCAGUUAUCGGCUUCUACUCUGUCCUGGGAUAUACGGGGCUCCUGGUAGCUGUGAGUUUCAUUAUAGCUUUUUUAGCCAGGACAUUACCGGACACGUUUAAUGAGGCCCAGUACAUCACCUUCAGCAUGCUGGUGUUCUGCAGUGUCUGGAUUGCCAUGAUCCCGGCCUAUCUGAGCACUAAAGGGAAAGACAUGGUGGCUGUGGAGAUUUUUGCUAUAAUGGCAUCAAGUUCUGGACUUCUUGGCUGUAUAUUUUUCCCAAAAUGUUACAUAAUUCUGUUUAGACCCGAUCUCAAUACAAAAAUAGGCUUACUGAAAAAUAAAGAAAAAUAA